GACGAGACGAACGUUGUUGUAUCCGUCACCGACCGCUCCGAACGAGACCUAACAAAGCGUUUCGACGAACUAGACAUCGAUUGGGGAGUCGAACAGCUGAUGGCCUGGAGUCAUCUUCUCUGUGAGGGGAAGAGACUGAGGGUCGACAUCUCGUUCGUUUGCAAGGAGGCAACUCCACCGGCUGCUGUAAGGACGCGACAGAGCACGAGGUGA